AUGGAGCCUCCCCCCCUCCCUCUAGAGAUCCGAGACCGCAUUCUCGCCCACCUCCUCCCACCAACUCUUCCACUCCCACAAGAACUACUCUCGCGCACCUUUCUCGAGCGCCUAACCUUCCUUCCCCCCGACGACUCCGACCUAGACGCCCACCUCACCCCCCUCCCCUCUCGCGACGGUCCACACCCUUUGACCGACGCGCUCAGCCUUCUGGCCCUUAGCCCCCCUUCAAUCAGACAGACGGAAUACGCACACGACGGCGAAAUGCCCAUCGCACACACUCUCCUUACCCCCGAGCAUGGCGAUGCUGUAGAAGUCUCGUUCCAACACGAGGCUGGCGACAAGGGCCGCGGAUGGGUUUAUUCCGGCGCAAAACUCGGCAAUUCUGCUUUCGAUUGGCGUAGUGAUCCCUCGGACGUCUCGUAUGCUGGGUACGAGGAUGCACCGGAAGACUACUGGGCUGGUUUUACGCCGCCCUCGCAACAGGCUGAACUAUACGACGACCACCACGACGACGAGGACAAUUACUGGGCCCAAUACGGGGCUGGUACCGACGAGCCGCGGGAGGAUGAGCACGACCAUGAUGAGCCAGUGACACCGCCCAAUGCCAAUAUCUCAGCCCCAGACCAGGCGGCCACCCUCUCCCUCCUCCUGCAGGGACUGGACACCAAGCCUGACGAUGACAUUACUUCGCCCAUCUCGAGCGGGUCGAGAAAAUCCGACGGCAGCGUGCUCGAGCAGAAGAUCCGCGCCAAGGCCCGAUCGCAGCUCAUGCGCGCCUGGGCAGAUUUCUCUUCUUCGGCGGCAGAUGCCGAGUCGGCGGGAUACGACUGGCUCCGGCUCGGUCGCGAGGUGGCAGACCGGCCUAGCUGGGGAGCUGGUGAGAGUUAUGCCGAGGCGCGGACGGCCGUGGUCGUGGCCCGGCUCGAGGCGGCAAAGGACUUGCAUGACAUGCUUGGGGAGGAGGGAUUUUGGCGUCUGGUGGAGGAGACGAUCCGGAUUCAUACCAACCCGGUUGGCGAUGGGUCGCAAGAGUAUGAGGAGUCGUAA